AUGCUGCGCUUCCUGGUGUUCGCAACCCUGGUCCUUUAUGGACACAGCACCCAGGACUUUCCGGAAACCAACGCCCGCGUAGUCGGAGGGACUGAGGCCGGGAGGAAUUCCUGGCCCUCUCAGAUUUCCCUCCAGUACCGGUCUGGAGGUUCCUGGUAUCACACCUGUGGAGGGACCCUCAUCAGACAGAACUGGGUGAUGACAGCUGCUCACUGCGUGGAUUACCAGAUGACUUUCCGCGUGGUGGCUGGAGACCAUAACCUGAGCCAGAAUGAUGGCACUGAGCAGUACGUGAGUGUGCAGAAGAUCGUGGUGCAUCCAUACUGGAACAGCGAUAACGUGGCUGCCGGCUAUGACAUCGCCCUGCUGCGCCUGGCCCAGAGCGUUACCCUCAAUAGCUAUGUCCAGCUGGGUGUUCUGCCCCAGGAGGGAGCCAUCCUGGCUAACGACAGUCCCUGCUACAUCACAGGCUGGGGCCAGACCAAGACCAAUGGGCAGCUGGCCCAGACCCUGCAGCAGGCUUACCUGCCCUCUGUGGACUACGCCAUCUGCUCCAGCUCCUCCUACUGGGGCUCCACUGUGAAGAACACCAUGGUGUGUGCUGGUGGAGAUGGAGUUCGCUCCGGAUGCCAGGGUGACUCUGGGGGCCCCCUCCAUUGCUUGGUGAAUGGCAAGUAUUCUGUCCACGGAGUGACCAGCUUUGUGUCCAGCCAGGGCUGUAAUGUCUCCAGGAAGCCUACAGUCUUCACCCGGGUCUCUGCUUACAUCUCCUGGAUAAAUAAUGUCAUUGCCUCCAACUGAACAUUUUCCUGAGUCCAAUGACCUUCCCAAAAUGGUUCUUAGAUCUGCAACAGGACUUCCCAUCAAAAAGUAAAACACAUUCUAAAAGACUAUUGAGCCAUUGAUAGAAAAGCAAAUAAAACUAGAUGUACAUUA